CCCCUCCAGAGAAGGAAUUUGUAGAAAACAAACGCGGCUUAGCUGUACUCUACUAUGUAGGAUUUACGGAAGAGUCGUCCCAGGCGUGGCUGAGGAACUUCCUUCUUGUACAGAUCAAAAAUGACGGCGACUCUGCGCCCCUACCUGAACGCUGUGAGGGCCACCCUGCAGGCGGCCCUCUGCCUGGAGAACUUCUCCUCUCAGGUGGUGGAGCGUCACAACAAGCCCGAGGUGGAGGUCAGGAGCAGCAAGGAGCUGCUUCUCCAGCCGGUGGUGAUCAGCCGUAACGACAAGGAGAAGGUUCUCAUCGAGGGCUCCAUCAACUCCGUGAGAGUCAGCAUUGCUGUCAAGCAGGCCGACGAGAUCGAGAAGAUCCUUUGCCACAAGUUCAUGCGCUUCAUGAUGAUGAGAGCCGAGAACUUCUUCAUCCUGAGGAGGAAACCAGUGGAGGGAUACGACAUUAGCUUCCUGAUCACCAACUUCCACACGGAGCAGAUGUACAAACACAAGCUGGUGGACUUCGUCAUCCACUUCAUGGAGGAGAUCGACAAGGAGAUCAGCGAGAUGAAACUGUCCGUGAACGCCAGGGCCCGCAUCGUUGCCGAAGAGUUCCUCAAGAACUUCUGAUGAUGCCG